AUGGGACUGUAUAAUAAUAAUAAUACAAUUGAAGGGGAUCUGCCACUAGUCGCCCUCAAGCCCUCACAAAUAAGGUGAGUGAUGUAUAAUGUGGAGCAACACUGGUCCACCAAUGCCCCAAUUAUCUAAAUUUUUUCCCCAAAAUUAAGACCUAUCCAUAAAAUAAAGCCUCGCAUGAUUUUUCAGGAUGCUCGUUAUAUAAGCCCUACCCCAAAAUAAGCCCCAGUUAAGAUUGUCAGCCAGACGGACGCAUUUAGUAUGUCUGCUGCAAGGGAAUAAUAUUUUGGUCCAGUGGCGUACCUAUCACGGUCGACAUGCCGUUGACUUAGCUUUAGGGCCAGUGCACAGCCUCACCAGCCUGGGGCCCGCGAAUGCCAAGUGAUCGGCAGGUGUGUUUGUAUGUAGUGUUAACAUUUUACUUUUUAUUUCUAACUAUAGGGGUUAAACCCUUAGACAUUACUAGAGUGUCUAUCUGGUGACUUCAUUCAGCAGGAGGGGUCCUUGCAAGUACCACCUGAAUAUCUAUUGAUACUUUUCAAAAUAAACCUACGUUUCUAUGAAAACUGAAGUUUUUAUUUUUUUUGUGGCCCACAUAGACUUAAACCUUGUUUAUUUGGCCCGUAUUAGCCUUUGAGUUUGACAUGCUUGCUUUAAACCCUCUAGGACAAGCAUUUCAAACUCAAAGGCUAAGACGGGCCAAAUAAACAAGGUUUAAGUUUAUGUGGGCCGCAAAAAAUAACAAACUUCAGUUUCCAUAGAAACGUAGGUUUAUUUAGAAAAGUACAGUAUAAAAAAUGUUGCCUAACUGGCACUGGACAUCAUCGCGCUUGUAGGGCUUCAAAAUAAGCAAAAGAGCGAAUUUAUUUUAAGAAACUACCUUGACAUAUUAAGAAAUGUUUGGUAAUGGGACUGAAAUUGUGAAUGUAUGCUAUUGCACAGCUGUAAAAACAAAUGACGUUAUCUUGUUGAUUUUGAAGUUCUAUGAGUGUGUUCUUCACUUUGACUGAGAUCAUCAAACUUGAUAUGAAAGCAUUUGGAGGCUAUUGUGCAUGUGUGGCAAAAAGCUGCGCGGCCAAUCGGCUUUUCCAUGGGGAGCGUUCAGAGCCUCCUUGCAGACCCAACCUAACACACUGCCCCUCCUCCCUCCACUCCACCACACACUGCCCCUUCACCCAAUUGAAUACAUUGCCCCUUAAUCUAAUACACUGCCCCUCCUCCCUCCACUCUAAUGGAAUAGACUGCCCCCACUCCCCCCACCACUCUAAUACACUUCCUCCAUUCCCCUCAGGUUAAUACACUGCCCCUUCCCUCUCUUAAAUGAAUACACUGCCCUUCCCCCAAUUUAACACACAGGACCCCCCCACCACCACCACUCUGCACUACCCUCCCCCCAAUAUGACACACUGGCCCCCUCCCUCUCUCAAAUGAAUACAGUACCCCCUCUGUCAAAUUAAUACACUGCCCUCCCUCGAAUGAAUACAGUGUCCCCCUCCAUCCCCCAAAUUAGUACAGUGCCCCCUCCCUCAAAUUAAUACAGUGCCCCCUAUCAAGUUAAUAUACUGCCCCACUCCCCCAAGUCUCCCUUCUUCUACCUUUCAAUUUGCUGUGCAUCCUUCAGUUCCAGCCCUGCUGAAGCAGGCCAGAUGCUCCUCUGGCAGUGCGAGCAGGAGGAAAGGAGGGGUGGCUGCUCUGGUCUGCUCAGCACAGAGAGACUGGGUCACUUGGGGCAUUCACUUAGUAUUAAUAUUAUUACAAAUGGGUUAACACUGAAUAGAGGGAUGACACCAAGUGACUCAUAGAGUGUUGAUAGAGUGUUCCUUUAAUUUUCAUGUUCUGUUUGCUCUUUUUUGACCAUAAUUCUACAUUUGAAUAAUAUCAUUUAUAGCUACAUUUAUAACCAUCACUCUAGAUGGGAGGAUCUUUUAAAGUUUUUAAAGUAAUUUUUUUUAUCCAGCACUAAAUGCCAUCUCUACUUUUCUGUUGUUGUUUGUAAUUAUCGGCUGGUAGACUUAUGGUUGAUUUUGUUGCUGAUCGUUACGGAGAGCACUAUGUGCUAUGCAAAAUGUUCUUCCUUUUCCCCAGAAGACACAGUUUAUACCUAUAUUAACAUUUGCUGGAAUGUGGCUAUUCUGUGAAAUUAUUGGUCUAUAACAAGCUGAUUAAGUUCCUUUGUAUAACUUCUGAAUGGAUACUCCAAAGAAUCCCAGAUGGGGAUGCCCUAUACACUGUGAGUAUAUUUUAUUAUUUUAUACAUGAACAAUAUUUUAUUGAGAACACUAUUGCUGUUUUAUCAUCUCUCUGAGCUCCUGAUACUACCAUCAAGAACACUCAUCUUAUAUCCUACAAGCGGGGAUUAUACCGCUGUACGCCUACAACACUAGAGCUAGCAGAAGCUCUACCAAAUGUACGUGUGGAACAUACUGCACCAUUAUUGUUUCCAUUUGUAUCUCCCACUUGGCUGUCUGUCACUUCAUAGAAGAGGAUACUCGCCGUAUAUCCUGUAAGCGGGGAUAAUACCGCUGCAAGCCAUUCACACCAGAGCUGGAUUAAGCUCUGUCAACUGUCUAAGUGAGACCUCUCCUAUUUUUACUAUUUUGGAUCAGCUUUCUCAUCACCCACCACCUUCCUCCACAUUUUUUUGGAUACCGCAACAAGUAGAACCUUCGGAGACCACAUAUAAGAUCCAAUAUUUUACUCCACUGGACUUGUUAUUGUUACUUAUUUUAUAUAUUGGCGCAGACCCAUCCCCUAUCUAUUUGAUUUUGCUUAUCUAUUCCAAGGACAUUUGAGGGAGUCCUUGUUUGGGACUGCUGCCUUUCCGAUUAGCGCUGACUCUACCCUUUGUUUUUUCAUGCCAGCAUAAAGUCUGCUUUUUGCAUAGGCAUUAUAUAGGAAUAUCACAGAGAAAUAGUGCUUUUUCUAUUAGGAUCAAAAACAUAAAUUUUCUCUAUUUUAGAAAUUUCCAACACUAAAGUUUCUAAACUGUGGGUAAAGAAACAUUAUUUUAAUUUAGUGAUUCUUAAGUCAUAUUCCGAAUUAAUAAAAUUAUCUAAUCCAUAUAUUGCAUGUCAUUUAUUAAAAGCAUGCUUUGACAAAUAUAACACAAUGUUCCAUCCAUCUGGGAAACCAUUUUAAAAUUGUAUACAGAAUAUAUUUAGCCCCUUCCAGUUCACAUAACAUCAAUGGCAGUGUAUCUAUAUAAAUAUAUACAUACACCCUGUUCCAAAUUAUUAUGCAAAUUCUAUUUAAGUGUCACAAAGAUUAAAUAUUUUGUUUUUCAGUUUAACUCAUGGAUGGCAUUGUGUCUCAGGGCUCUUUUGAUCACUGAAAACAUUCUCGGACACCUGUGAUAAUUAGAUUGCGAGGUGAGCCCUAUUUAAGGAAAAACUACUAAAGGAGGGUGUUCCAUAUUAUUAAGCAGAGCACCAUUUUCAUGCAGCAUGGGGGAAAAAAAGGAUCUCUCUGCUGCCGAAAAGAGUGAAAUAGUUCAAUGCCUUGGACGAGGUAUGAAAACAUUAGAUAUUUCAUGAAAACUUAAGCGUGAUCAUCGCACUAAGUUCAAUGGAUGCAAGACUUGUGAAGCUGCUAUCAAAUAAGGGGUCCUAUGUUAAAAUGUAACGUGACCUGUUACAAUGUUGAAAAGGUUAAAAUGUUGUUAUAGGUUUGAUUGAAAUAGCUUUUGAUUUCGGUAAAUAUGCUGCAAAUACAACAAAUGACAAUUUUCAGUUCUUUAUAACCUAUAAAGUGUUUUGAAACUUACUGUGCGUAAUAAUUUAAAACAGUGCAUUGUAAGGUUUUUUUUUUUUUAUGUUUUUCAGUACCUGACACUGGACAUCCUCACGGUCUGCAUUUUCCCUAUAUGAAAGCAUUUACUAAAUGCUUUUCUAUGGGGAGGUCUAAUGUGCUUUAGCUCCCAUGCAUUAAGGAACAUUGAAGGGGGCAAAUGAUCGACCCAACAUCGAAGGACAUUAGCAAGGGAAAAGGUAAGUAAAUAAAGGGGGUUUUACCCUUUAUUUAAUAGGGGGUGCCUGGGAGAGGGGAGACAGGGGGAGGGAUAGUGGCAGGAAUACAGCUUUGUAUUCCUGGCACUAUAGUAUCUGUUUAAGGACGGAGGCAAUUGUACAAUUUGUGCAAAACAAAAUCAAAACAAAACCUGGAAUUUGAUUAUAUGUCUGUUCAACCAUAAGCCAUCUCUUUCAUAUUAAGUACACCUAUACUUAUUAUAUAUUAGUUUGUUCAGGCAAAACACGGUUCUCAUUUCACAUCAAAUAUUCAGUAUGCUGUCUUAAAUCAGUCAAUCACAAUGAUUUAUUGGAACAGGUGUGGGGUGUGGCUUUUUUUUUUUUUAGCAGACAUUCCCCUACUCUCGGCAUAGCAAGUAGUGGCAGUCUCCCUUAUUUACUAAUACUAAGUAAUUUUGGUCUUUCAGAAUUUUGGUAGAUCACUCCAUAAUACCAUGGGCUUUAGGGAGCUAUCAAGUAAGCAGCUGCAAGAUGCAGCGACAGCAUGGAUCGGAAUUUCAUUCUUUCAAAUGACAUUUCGAACCGAACUACAAGUACUGAAUGUUAUCUUAACACAAAUGAACAAACUAUAUUCAUUCUGUUAGGAUGAAAUUUGGUAGUUUCACAGGCAUCCUGUCUAUAAUACAGGACGUUUGGGAACAGUGAAAGGAGGCAUCGCAAGAUCAUGGUGAAAAGGGUGAGUAUUGUGGCAAAACUUAUUUUACCACAGGAAGAUGGUCAAAGCUGGUCAAGCGUAAGAAAAAUACAUCAGACAAAGUAGUCUCAAUUUGUCUUAUGUUUUAAAGAAAACUAGAUAAGAUAGGGAGAAAAGAAGAACAGAUCCUAAGAGAAGAGGAAGCAAUUGGGUAAAGGUAAGUUCAGCAUGACAGUUCUACUUUAAGAAAUGUUAUUUUUCUAGUUCUGCAUUGCAUUUUAACUGUGGAUGUCUGUAUUUUGAAUACCAUGUAGCCACUAGCAGUGAAAUAUGAGAUAAGAGACGGGGAUUGGCUUGGCAUGGUGCCAGACACCCAUUCAAAUAUAAAUGGAGAAAGAGAACUGUAUUUGCAGUUAGUGUGAAAAACGUUUACUGCAGGGACAAAAGUCCUGUCCUGCACACGAAUCUGGACAAUGUACUAAGAACAUUGCCUUAAACAGAAGAGAAUUCCACUGCUACAGGCCUACCCAAAGAGGUAUCUGGUUGGUAUUUAUUUUCUAUUCACCUUUUAAAAGUCACUUGACGUUUGUAAAAAAGUAAAAUCUCAUAACAUGCUUGUAAUUGAUUUCUAUGAAUAUACUUGUUCAGUUGCAUCCCACUAUUUACUGGGUAUGAUAAGGAAAAAGCAUUAGUUGUGACUGUUUUGCAAUCAUUUUGCCCUGCAAGGUGCCUCUUUUAUAGUAAUUAUGAUUUAAUGUAAAAAGUUACGCUUAACGAUCUAAUGAAUUCCAUGUUCAUAUUGUAUAUUGUAUUAAUCCCAAAUGAUUAUAUAGAAUGUAAGUAAGCUCAACAUCACACAUCCAGUAUUUGGUGUUACCGAGUAGAACUUCUCAUUCCCAUUCUCCAGGAAACAAGCAUCUUGGAACAUGUAAAGAACAUUGUAAAGUAAAUGCACUUUUAAUCUAUGUGAGAGUAGAAAACAUGAGAAAACAGCUUUUUUAGGUAUCAAGUGUUUUUUCUCAAAAUCCUGACUUUAGCAACUGUGAAAAGUUUAGCUGAUUGGUUGAAAAUGGUGAAUACGUAAUGUUAAGAGUCAAAUAUUGAUGCUGCUUAAAAUGUCAACUUUGACAAUUGUUAUUACAGUGAGAGUGUUGUUGAUCAAGGUUAGAAUUAGUAGUUAGGAUGUAGGGUUACAUAUAACUGACAUUAUUAAUUAAGAAACAUUGUUUAGACACAUUUUUGACACAAUCAACAUUUUACAAAACAUGUACUUGAAUUUAUGGCGCUCAGUAUUAAUUGUGAAUCAUUACAAAUGUCACCUACAAUUUUUUUUUUUUUUAAAUGAACAAACGAUGUAGGAAAAAAAUCCACAGAAUAGAUUUGUUUGUAUUACUUAUGACUCAAAUAUUUCAAGAUCUGCAUUGCUGUUAAGUUAAUGUUAAGCUGUAAGGUUAAAAUGUUUUUUCAACCUCAAUAACCUCUUUUGCUUUUAGAAUUUGCCUGCAAGGGGAAACAUUUAUGACACUCUUUCCUUCCCUUGCUCGUGCCUCCUAACUUCCCCGCAUUGCGAUAAAAAAAAAAAAAUUGGGUGCAGAUGCACACACACUUAAAGGACCACUACAGACACCCAGAUCACAUCAGCUCAAUGAAGUUGUCUGGAUGUCAGGUCCCUCUAGUUUUAACCCUGCAGCUGAAAACAUAGCAGUUUCAGAGAAACUGCUAUGUUUCACUGAGGGUUAAUCCAGCCUCUAGUGGCUGUCUCACUGACAGCCGCUACAGGAGCACACUGAACGUCCAUAGGAAAGCAUUGAGUAAACAUUGCCCAUCUAUGUCCACCAUACCCCCAUCCACAUCAUACUGUCUCUUUUUCCCUUCCCUAGUCUAUGUGAUUAGUGCAAUCAAAUGUUAUUAGAAUAAUGCUAUCAUAAGCAUUUGACUGAGGCUCAAAAGGAAGAAGUAAUGCAUCGUGAUGAUGGAUUGAGUGAAUGUGUGUGUGGAGAGAGAGAUCGUGAGAGAGAGAUCGAGAGAGGGAGAGAUAUCGAGAGAGAGAUCGUGAGAGAGAUCGAGAGAGAGAGAGAUCGAGAGAGAGAGAGAUCGAGAUCGUGAGAGAGAGAUCGAGAUUGAUGGAGAUCAAUCGAUCGAGAGAGAUCGAGAGAGAGAGCGAGAUCGAGAGCGAGAUCGAGAGAGAGAUCGAGAUCGAGAGAGAGAUCGAGAGAAAGCUUAAGAUCGAGAGAGAUCGAGAUCGAGAGAGAGAGAGAUCGAGAGAGAGAUUGAGAGAGAGAGAUCGAGAGAGAUAGAGAGCGAGAGAGAGAGAGAGAGAUUGAGAUCGAGAGAGAGAGAGAUUGAGAUCGAGAGAGAUAGAGAGAUCGAGAUCGAGAGAGAGAUUGAGAUCAAAAGAGAGAGAUCGAGAGAGAUCGAGAGAGAUCGAGAGAGAUCGAGAGAGAGAGAGAUUGAGAUCAAGAGAGAGAUAGAGAGAGAUAGAGAGAGAGAUCAAGAUCGAGAGAGAGAAUGAGAGAGAGAGAUCGAGAUAGAGAGAGAGAGAUCAAGAUCGAGAGAGAGAGAUUGAGAGAGAGACAGAGAGAUACCGAGAUCGGUCGAGAGAGAUCGAGAGACAGAGAGAUAUCGAGAUCGAGAGAGAGAGAUUGAGAGAGAGAGAGAGAUCGAGAGAGAGAUCGAGAGAGAGAUCUAGAGAGAGAUUGCGAGAGAUCUAUCUCUUUUUGGAGUAUAUAUACACUCCAAAAAGAUAUAUAUAUAUAUAUAUAUAUAUAUAUAUAUAUAUAUAUAAUUAUUAUUAUAAAUUUUUUUCUUGACCUGGGUUGCGUCAUCACGCUGCGUCUGGCGCAGUGACGUGAUCAGUGGUUGUUCCCAUGAAAACCAGCUUGAUGACGCAACCAAGGUCCAUUGCUUGCUCGUUGAGGCUCUGGCUCAGGCGGUCUCAGACAUGGUCCCUUUACUUUAUGGGAUAAGUGAAUAUGCUGGUGGUGGGUAUAUAAUGUAAUGUGUAUACUGUAUUCGCUCAUCUUGAUGAAAGUUUGGAUUACAAACUGAAAUAUAAAUCCUUUAUUUGUUGAGCAAAUAAAAGCUAAGUUUUACUUAUACGGCUUUGGAGUCCCGGGAGUGCUAUUCUGGUGUAUAUAUUUAUGUGUGUGUGUGUGUGUGUGUGUGUAUAUAUAUAUAUGUGUGUGUGUGUGUGUAUAUAUAUUAAUAUUAAAAAAGUGUUAGGUUAUAGGCAAGGACACAUUUAUUUAUAUUUAAUAACAAUCACCAAAUUCAAACCCAUUCUACAAAUUUUGGAUUUGUACAGAAUAGAAAUAAAAUUGAUUAUUUAUCUGUGGAAAUCUUGUCAAUUGUGCCAUAACUAUUCCAUCACAAAACAAUUUAAUUAUAUUUUUAUUUGCUUUUUACAUACAGGUACAAACUGACUAAAAAAAAAAAAAAAAAAGGUAAAAGGCCAGAUUAGGGACCUGCCAGUUUUAUUACUACAAAAUUCAGACUUUGAUGUUUUGAUUGAUUGAUUUUAACUGGUGGACAUUGUUGGUCUUAACAUUCAAAUAAACCCCAGCAUGGCAUGUCAUUUGCAGACACAUUGUAAUGUCAUGGAAUGUUCUGAAUCUAUUUCGCAUUGCAUAUUCUGAAUCUAUUCAUAUAGCUUAUAAUCAGUUUCCAUUACAAUUAGCAGUAAUGUUGAAUUUGUGCUAUAAAUUCCAGAAGCCCGCUCAGCUAUAGCCUCUAUGCACAGUAAAGCUGACUUGUAUAGUUUUGAGAAGUAACAGAGGUAAGUUAGAGGUAUGCCCUCCAUUGACCAGCAUGUGGCCCUGUGACAUUAAUAGGGUUAUUCAAUAAAGUGAGUAUUGUUAAUUUAAAGUGAAUUUCAAAUUUAAGACCAAAAUAGAAGAAUUGGAAAAAAUGGUCAAAGUCAGCUAUGUUGGCCCUAAUUGUCUUUGAAUUCCCAAAACUUUUAUAUCUAAUUUUCAUUGCAUAUUUGACAUAAUAUGUUAAAUCAAUCAGUUAUUUUUUUCAUCUGUUGCUUUUUUGCACCCAGACCAUAAUAACACAAUAGAUCUUUAAAUAUAUGAGUGUUUUUGUAUGGAGUUUACAGAUGCAGCGGUUCAUUCAUGUGUAGUUUUAGAAUGCAGGCGUUUAUUGACAUAUGGACACACACAUGCACAAAUACACUCAAAGAAAUACACGCACAAUGACUCACCCUUACCAGUGGGGGAUUAAGGUUGACCAGUGCCCUAGGCAGGAUUUCACACAGGGUUCUCCUCCUAGAGCCACAGGCUCUUUUCUGUGAUUGAAAGAAAGAUUUACACCCCUGCCUAGAGCCCUGUGUAUAACGUUUCAACCUCUGCCCUCUACAUUGCUUCUCCCUCUGUUUACCUAUGGAAUGUGAUGUAUGUGCUGGCUAUAUGUAGACUGCAUGCCUGCAUACAUAGUAAUAUUAGUUUAAUCCAUUAGAUGGGGGCAUAUAGCAGUUGUUUAAGAAUUCCUUUUUUUCUUUCUGUAAAACAUCAGAGUGCAGUCAGCAAUGUAAGAGCUGAAAACACUGGCUUCUCAUUUAUGCUUACUGAUAACUAGUAAGAUGGCUGUAUCCAAUACAAAACAGAGCCCACAUCCAUGGGUGAUCUUGGCAUCUACUGAGAUAUGUAUUGCUCUGACCAAGCAAAGCAACUACACACCAUAGGAAAUGGGCAAAGUCCCUACACACCACAAUAUCUACCUAAUCCUCUAGACAGUGGCGUACACUUGACCCAUGGGGCCCCGGUGCGAAAAUUGAUCCGUGGGCCCCCCUGUGCGUGCGGGCCGGGCCGCAACACAUGGCGGUGGGCACCUGGUCGCAGGGGUUACAGGGCUGCGACCCCUGCGACCGCGGUAUGUACGCCAGUGCAUGCAGAUGCACACACACUUAAAGGACCACUACAGACACCCAGAUCACAUCAGCUCAAUGAAGUUGUCUGGAUGUCAGGUCCCUCUAGUUUUAACCCUGCAGCUGAAAACAUAGCAGUUUCAGAGAAACUGCUAUGUUUCACUGAGGGUUAAUCCAGCCUCUAGUGGCUGUCUCACUGACAGCCGCUACAGGAGCACACUGAACGUCCAUAGGAAAGCAUUGAGUAAUGCUUUCCUAUGGGCGGUUUGAGCGGACGCGUUCGGAGCUGAGAGGCUGAGGGAUCCCCAGCGCCAAGGGAGUCCGGCGCUGGAGAAAGGUAAGUGCUGAAGACACACACUCUCACUUACAGACGCAUACACACUAGCUAACAGACACACACAUUUACUGACAGAGAUCAGCGACAGACAUACAUACACACUCACUUACAAAACAUACACUCUCAUUGACAAACACACACUCACUAACAGACAUCAAACAGACUCACUAACACACACACUCAGUAAGACACACACAGUAACACUCACUGACACUCACUAGCAGACACACACACUAACACUCACACUAACACUCACUAGCAGACACACACACACACACACUAACACUCACUAGCAGACACACACACACUAACACUCACUCUAACACUCACUAACACUCACAACACACUCUACAUCACACACACACACACACUCUAACACACACACACUCUAACACACACACACUCACACACUCUAACACACACACACACACACACACUCUAACACACACACACUAACACUCACACACUCUAACACACACACACACACACUCUAACAUUAACACUCUAACACACACACACACACACUCACACUCUAACAUUAACACUCUAACACUCUAACACUCACACACACUCUAACACUCACACACACUCUAACACUAACACUCUAACACUCACACACUCUAACAUGCUUUUUUAAUGUAAUCCCCCCAGCCUCCUUACCUUUUGGAGUGCUGGGGGGAUUCCCUGGGGUCCAGUGGUGCUGCUGACCCCAGCUGGCGGGUGGCCGGUCGGGCAGGCGGGCGCGCGAGGGAGCACUCUGCUCUGAGUGCUUACUCUUCUGCUCCCUCGCGCGCCGCGUAGGGACGCCGGAGCCGGAAGAUGACGUCAUCAUCUGGCUCCGGUAUCAGUGCGGUGCGCGAGGGAGCUGAAGAGGAAGCACUGAGUGCCACCCGCCAGCUGGGGUCAGCAGGUCCAGCCUCGGGGGGCCCUGGGGUGGUCGGCUCCUGGGCCCCCCAGGGGAAGAGGCUGGCCCUGUGGCUACAUACCAGGUCGCAGGGGCGGCCGGGCCCCCUGGUGGGCCGGGCCCGGUCGCAACCGCAACCCCUGCGACCCUGGUAUGUACGCCACUGCCUCUAGAUGUUCACUGCUAAAUGUCCAUAGUAUUUACAAAAAAACACAUUUUUUUUUUAAUUUACAAUACCCCUCUCUCUGUGGGUAAUAUGACUGAAGCUAUUCUGCUGUGAUGGCUGUGCCUUUCCUCCUAGUAUCUGUGUAAAUGUGGAACAAGUGGAAAUAAGAUUAAAAUCCAUGCUGAUCCUCUUACAUAUCAUUUUACUUGUCUGGGCACCUUUGCAUAAAAAUCUUUUGAAAAGAUCCAUACCCUUUUGUCCUAUUCUGUGAAUGCAAUUGCAUUCAAUAUAAAACCUUUCUAUAUGUGUUCCCAGGUACUGGACAAAGAUAUUAUUCCAAUGGACCCAGUUACAAUCUUACUUUCCGUCAUCUGUAUAUCUUUCCUUUAUUUUUCCUAUCUUCGGAGUAAAAGCAAGUAUUGGAAUUUCCCCCCUGGACCAAAGGCCUUGCCAAUCAUAGGAAAUAUACACCAUUUAGAUUUGAAGAGGCCAAACAAAUCAUUGAUCCAGGUAAUGUUCACAAGAUACAUAUUAAAUUAGACAUUCGUGGCCUCCUUUUUUAUUAUGGAAGAAAAUAAAUAUCCGGGCACACCUAAGGUUUCUUCUAAAAGGCAGUCUUUUUUAAUUUGAAACAAGGAAGUGUAGACUUGAUAAAUGCUCAGAGAGAAGCCAAAAUGUUGUCGCCACUUGCUUGUUUAACAUAAAAAAGAUUGCCUUUAAGAAGAAACCUCAGGUGUACCCGGGUAUUUAUUUUUCUUUCAUUUGAUGUCUUAACAUAGUCCUAACAUAUGUUUUUGCUAUAGGCACUUAUAUGUACAUGCAGAUUAUGUAGACUAUGUAACAACAUUUAGAUAAAUAAGAAAUAGCAGUCGUCAAAACAUUGGAUUAUAGCGGUUCAAAAGUCAUUGUCUGAAAGAAUAUGGCAACAUUUGGGAGGAUAAUCAAAAUGGUGUCCUUAAAAUUUUAAGUAAGGGUAAAGCUGUCAUUUAAUUUAUUUGACAUAGCAAAGUCAAAGAGGAAAAACUGAAACUUUCCCAAUGAAAUAGCUAAACUACGUGUUCUGUUUGUGGCCUGGUUGCCAUUCUGUUCUGGGGUCUAACAUGGUGUCCCUUUAGGACCUGUGUAAAUGUAUCUUAUAUUGACAAGAAUAUGUGAAAAUAAUGCAUUGUUGACUCAAAUAUAUAUCAUGUAAUAAUGUUAUGUGAUGUGUCCAAUACAAUGUCAUGUAUCUGAAAAUUCACUGUCCCUAAAAUAUAAAAUAAAAAUAAUUAUGUAUUGUUUUUUUUUAUUUUUUUUUAUUGUACUUUGCAGCUCUCAGAGAAGUACGGCUCAGUAUUCAGCAUUCAGAUAGGAUCCGAUAAGAGGGUUGUGCUCUGUGGAUACGAAACAGUGAAAGAUGCUCUCAUUAACCAUGCAGAUGAGUUUGCUGGAAGACCCAGAAUGGCGCUGUUUGAUGAGCUAUUUUUAGGACAUGGUAACUGACAUAAAAUAUAUGUAACAAUUAAAUGGGGGAGACACCAGAUUAGCUACAUUAGCUAAGACCCAUUGUCAACUGUCCCAGAUCUUGUAACUGUUCCAUAAUGACUACCUUGACUACUUUUAUUCGCUUCUCAGUGGUCUUACGUAUUUCCAACUUGCCUCGUUAUAGUCUAUAAUGAAUGCAGCAGCGAGGCUUAUCUUCCUGUCCACCCUCACCUCCCACGCCUCCCUGCUCUGUCAGUCCCUACAUUGGCUUCAAGUAAGAUAUAGGACUCAAUUAAAGAUACUGAUGCUUGCUUACAAAUCUCUACACAAUGCUGCUCUGACUUAUUUAUUCUCACUAAUACACAAAUAUGUCCUGUCGAAGCCCCUACACUCUGCCAGAGACCUACAUCUAACCUCUGUUUGUAUUCCUACCUCUAAAGCUUGCCUUAAGACUUCAAUAGGGCUGCACCGUUCCUAUAGAACACCAUUUUCCUCUCUGUUAGACUUUCACCCAAUCUCCAUUCCUUCAAAAAAUCUUUGAAAAAUGAUUUCUGAAAAGCUUACCAAUUAAACUGUGAACAGCUUUCUCUCCUGCAACUGUCAUUAAAACAACACUAAGCCCUCUAUGAAUACUAUCCUAGAAAAGUACUUUUCUACCAUACUCUAACCUUUUGUGUCACUAUUCCCCUCUCCCUGUAGCAUGUAAGCUCAUUGAGCAGGGCCCUCAGUCCCUCAAUCCCUCUGUCCCUGAGUGUCCAACUCUUCUGGUUAUAAAUACGUGUCUAUUAGUCCACCCAUUGUACAGUGCUACGGAACUUGUUGGCGCUUUAUAAAUAUUAAUAAUAAAGUGUGGCAAGAGUAGCAUAACAGAAACACAAGUGAUUAAAUUCCUACAUUACAGAGAAUUCAGAAGUGAGACUGCAGAGGAAAGAUCUAUACACCAAAACUGCUUCAUUAUGUGAAAGUUGUUUUGGAUCUUGCGAAGAUCAUUUAAUUUGAUUAAAGUAGGAUUGUAAUUGUAACAAUCAAUACAUACAAAAUGAUAUAUAUAUAUCUCAAUGUGUAUAUAUUGCAUUCUAGGGCAGCUUUCUAUGGCUUUAAGUAUCACGGCAUUAUAACAGUCAUUUGUUCUUUAGCAGGGUUUAAAAUAAGGUAAAUACAAUGCUAUAUGAAAAACAACACAUGACAUAUUACACCAUGUCAUGAUUUAUUUAACAUAAAUAAAUCCAGAAUGGAGAAGCCAAGUGGAAAAAACAAUUACACCCUUACUGCUUCCACAGGAAUUGGUGAUUAGCCUAGCCUUGGUGAAGGUAUAGUCUACAUUUUAAUAACGUCCGGAGGCAAGUAUUUUCUUAACCUUUCUUUACUGAACCUCCCAGCAGCUAACACAGAGUUAAAUCUAAAAAAAAAAAAACAACCUAUGAGAACACAUUACAGUGCAAUAAAAACAUAACAGGUCCCUAAUAUAUCCUCUCUAUUUGGUGAUGCUGAGCAGGUAGAGGAAGAAACCAUAACCAAGAAAUGGAACUGGAAACAACAGUCAUGAAACACAGGAAAACAGGACCGGAUACUCCAGAAGCAUAUCAAGCCGGAAAAGAAUAGAAACACAUGAGAUCCUGGGUGCUAUUAACUACGUUAUAACAUGCAAUGCACACAGUACAGGCACAAAGGAUGUAAUAAACACAACAAGACAAAGACCAAAACAACACAAGAGGAACUAAAUGGUGAGAACAACAAUGGAAUCGGAAACCACACAUGGAAGAAAACAAAACAAGUAACUACAAGUCCAAACAAGCAGAAUAGGAAGGGAGUGGCAGGGAAAGAGAUACAAACAACUGAAUAACCUGGGUGAGACAAAUACUCCCCUCCUGUCUUUAUUAACGGCUAGUCUAAUCCCCAAUUUUAAUACAAGAUAGGAGGUUUCAUAUUUGCUGUUUUAAUGCUGAGAAAAAAGAUCCAAAGUCACUUGAGAAUGCGGCCAAAAGAAGAAGGUCCGGAACGUGGUUUCCCGAGACAAAUCUGCCACUGACAGGAUAUCAGAUGGAGCCACCCGAGGAGAAAACUGACAAAACUGCAGCUCCAUGAAUGGGCCCCCGAAAGAAGCAUCAAUGCCAGCCGACAUCAAGAGCUAUCGGAUCCACUGAGCCACCGUAGUCAAAGAGACAGGACUUUGAGGAGAGACGUAGGAAAGAAAUAGACGGCCUGCAGAAGAAGGUCGGAGGGAAGAUGUUACCGACAGAUACCAAUGCAUAGAAUGGGCCACACACCACUUAGGGUGGCCCAAAAAUAAGGAUAGAAAACUGACAUGGAGUAAGAUUUGGGUGCCUGGUUGCAUAUUACUGCAUAUCAUAUCAUAGUGUUGCAAGGCCUGAAAACAAGGCUUUUAGCCUAUGGAGGCGACACGGUUAGCAGCACAGCCUCUCUUCUGGCCAGCCCUGGAGGAGCAAGGAUUCACAUGAAACAUUAAUUUCAGUGAGACUUGCACCUUGCUGAUGGUAGUGUAAACCGCCACAUGGCAAUUAAGCUCUUUGACAAAUUUAUCUCCAAAUAACAGGCCACCACCUUCCAGUCCCAAUUAUUUGGCACUCAAGUCAGCCAAUUUGGCAUGCAGCCUGGGGAUCCAGGGCCGUCUAGGGCCAUCUUCCUACAUUCCACAGGUAUAUUGGUUGAUGAAACAUGACCCCAGCAAAACUAUAACAGAAUGGCUGAAAAAGAAAAUAAUCAAGGUGUUGCAAUGGUACAGUCCUCCAACCGAUGCUGUGGCUGGAGCUUAAGAGAGCUGUGCAUAAAUAAAUACCAGCAAACCAAAAUGAACUGAAGCAAAAUUGUGAAAAAGAGUAGGACAGAAUUUCUCAACAACGAUGUGAGUGACAGAUAAAGACAUACAGAAAAUGAUUAUUUCACAUUAUUGCUGCUAAAGUUGGUUUUAAAAGCUAUUGAAUCAUAAGGUGUACUUAGUUUUUCACACACAGAAUAUAUAUAUAUAUAUAUGUGUAUAUAUAUAUAUAUAUAUAUAUAUAUAUACACAUGUAUUUAAAUAAAGCCAGUGCUAUCAUAAGAUUACACAGAUGACUGCCUUAGGGUGCACUAGCCUUGGGUACACAAUGUCUGCUUGACUGAAGUGAGGGGGGGUGCACAGAUUUCACCCUCCCGCCUGCCACUUUGUGUAGUGUGGUCUUAUAGAUCACAGGAAAGAUCUUUAUAUCCUCUUCCUUGUCUGACACAAGGAAGUGUGAGACACUAUAGGGAGGUUAGAUCACUAAAGGAGGUAAGACAUUCAAAAAGGGUGAUUUUUUUUUUCUUCUGAAUUUCUAGCUAAAUACAUUUUAUAUAUCCAGAAACUAGUGGGAACUAGUUUCUGAUUCAAAUAACACAGUGGAUGUUACUUUCCGAGCAAAUAUUUAACAAUUGCAGGAACUACAAUUUAUUAGAGAGACCCUGACACGUAAACAGUUCAAUAAUAUGAAAAGAUAUAUAACAUCUCUGCAACAAGCUUCUUCAAUUAAGAGUUGCAACCUUAAUGCCCAAUCCCCCAUCGUCUCUGCAACAAGCCUUUUCAACUGAAUGCUGUAACUUUAAGGUACGAAUUGAAAUUCAGAAGAUAUUUCACCGGAUUUCUUUCACCUUUUUUACUAGAUUAUUACUUUACUAUAAUAAUACUACAAUUAUUACCAAUAGUUUACUACUGUACUGUAGUUCUUAAUAAUCUGCCUGAAAGAAAUCUUGAUUAGCAAUUACUUCUAAAACAAAUGUCUAUUCUGCUCCACCUCUCCUCCCCCCGCUUUCCACUCGUAACUGUAAAUACCUUUAAAUAAUUGUGUAUCUUAACUCGCAACACCUCUGCAACAAGCCUCUUCAAUCUUAUUCGGCUCUACCCACCCAACCUCGUUCCUUCUAACUCUAUACUAUGCUCUUCCAGAUGUAAUAAUAAUAAUAUAAUUACAUAUAAAACCUAAACUCAAAUUUUGGCACAUGUAAAUCUCAAGAUAAAAAUGAUAGAUAUUACAAUUUAUGUAAUUAAAUGAUUUGGUGUCAAGGGAAACGUGUAAUUACGAAAUUGAAUAAAAAACACAAAAUGAAGCAACAGCAGAAAAAAAAGUGAAAGCAAUUAAUAUGAGAAAUAACUGGUAACAAGUAGCGCACAUAGCAUAGAUGGAGAACAAUGGAUGCCCUUAGAAAAAAAGCAAAACAAAAUAGAAUAUGAGAAUGGGUAAGAAGUGGAGAGAAGGAAAACAAUUAAGACGGGGAAAGAUGUAGUUGUAAUAUUAAUGUAUAUUACUUGAUGUUUUGCAUUGUUUUCUUAACAGGUGUUGUUUUUUCCCGCGAUGAAAACUGGAAGGUAAUGAGACGAUUUACUCUUUCAACGCUGCGAGAUUUUGGAAUGGGAAAGAAAACCAUAGAAAAUAAGAUCUAUGAAGAAAAUGAUUCUUUAACACAAAAGCUGCAGUCUUAUAAUGGUCAGUGUUCAACUGCAGUAAACGUUAUUUUGUUGUGUUAAAUGCUGCCAUUUAAUUUUAAUUAAAUUGUGAAUGCUCUCUGUUACAUUCACAGGAGAAUUUGUAUAAACUUUCUAAAAUACUACACCUGCUGAAUUUAAUUUUGCUGCAAGCUCUAUAUUGUUAAGAAUUUGAAAGAGUAAGUUAAAUACUGUUCUUGUAUAGAGGAAUAUGGCAAAAUGGAGAGCGUUUAGUGGAGCAUCUUUCUGUCUAAAUCUCAUCCUUCUCUCUCUCUUUGAAAUUUAACAGUUAUGUUAUCAGGAGUAAACUGGUGCUGUCCCAUCAUAACCUGUCAAAUAUUUUUAGCAUAGUUUGAACCUUACUAGACUACAGAUGGCCUGUGCUGCUUUCAGUCUUCUUUAACAGGAGAGGCCAGAUGCCGAUACAGACAAUCAUUCAUUGGCAGAGAGUGGGAGCAUGACUACUGCCCAUGGUUGAUGGGCUGGAUUAAUAGUGCAACAAUGUUGCAAGGUUUAAGGAGUUGGGAAGGGAGGGGAAGGAAGGGAACUUACCAGUCAGCAGGAACAGUUGAGGGUCCUUGACUGUGUUUCUGUAUUCCUGGUUAGACUGAGGUCCACCUGUAAGGCAUAACAAAAAAUAAAAAAACGGUUAAGUCCUUACUGUGCUUCUCUUACCUGUCCCACAAGCCGUCACUAGUGACAGGCAUGUUAUCCAUAUUGGCUGCUGACCUGCAGAGUCUUCUCCAGGUUUUCCAGAUGUCUCAUGGCCGAGGUGCCUUGGAGGCGUUGGUGUCUGGGAUGCAGCCGGCUCCUAGGGCCACAAUGGACGAAUGGGUGGUGGCCAGUGCUGGAGGCAUUCCAUUCCGUUUAUUUUAUUGGGCUGAUACUGAAACUAGAACACUUGUUACCAUCCAAGAGUAGUGGCAAUUUGAGCACCAAGCAUUUUUUAUGUAUAUCAUACACUGGGUGAUAUCCAUGGUUUCCUCAUUUUCAUGAACUAUACCCAAGUUCUGAUGGUAUUUUAGUUCUUCUAAGAGCUACACUUUUCUGCAUGGAUUUGGAUCAUUUGUUUUCCUGGCAAAUCAUCAGGGAUCUCAGGGUAGGAUUUAAUACAUUAGUGAUACUGCAGUGAGAACAAAGAUGUUUCUGUUUUCUUGAUCUAUCAUGACAAUAUGAUUAUUGAGUUAAAUCUUACCUUUCAACAUUAGUGAUGCAGCCAUGGGAAAAGAAUAUUGUGGUAAAUACAAGAAUAACAAAGUGUUUAACCAGGAAAUGUACAUUCAGAUUACUCUAGUUUCCAAGUACGUCCCGGGGAUGUUAUUUUUCCCUACAUCCAGGGCAUGUUACUAUAUAUUAAAUAUGGUAAGAAUUUUCAUGUUGUAUCUUUAAUUUCAGGGAAGCCUUUUGAAAAUACAAGGGUAAUGAAUGCUGCUGUAGCCAACAUCAUUGUGUCUAUACUUCUUGAUCGUCGUUUUGAAUAUGAUGAUCCAACCAUUUUAAGGCUCAUGCAUUUAGUAAAUGAAAAUAUCAGACUUCUGGGAUCUCCUAUGGCAUUGGUAAUUAAUUAUACACCAUUUUAAUACAUUGUUUCUUCUUCAUGCUUUGAUCUUUGCCAUAUUUACCCUCUUGCCUGACAUGCAGCAAUGCACUGGGCAAUAUGUCCCAUCCAUUAUUUUAGAAGGAUGGUUGUAACAGAAAAGCCACCGUGGAGGAUAAACAUGUUACAUAAAUUUGUCUAAUAAACUAUUUAUUGUAAUUUCAUUAUUGCACAUUACAUUUUAAACAUGUAAGAAGAAAUAUAAACGUGCUAACCCCAAAUUGUUUGUAUAACAGAUCCACCGUAACAAUAGUUGAGUUGACAAAGAGUGUGACUUAGAGGACCAGCAAUGGCUGCAUAACCCCAAUCAAAACUCUCUUUCUGAUAGGAUGUGAAAUAGGUAUACAUAUAUCGAUGGCUUAGUAAACACAAUUUCAGAGUUAGCAAAACAGUAACAGUCAUAUAUGAUCCAAGAUAAAACUCGCAUCUAUGUAUGAGCCGGGAUACAGUAAAAUGCAAACAACCUAUAUAAAGACUGUAACAUGCUCUAACUACAGUCUGUUUAUUUUUUCAAGCUGUAUAAUGUCUUUCCUUCUGUGCUGCAAUGGUUGCCUGGAAGUCACAAAACCGUUAUCAAAAACAUAGAAGAGCUGAGAAGCUUUGUUAGAGAGACUUUCACAGCACAUAGGAAUCACCUAGACAUCAAUAACCAGAGAAACUUUAUCGAUGCAUUCCUUGUCAAACAAAAAGAGGUAUUAUUAGAUUUUCUUGAUAUUCUUAUACCUGCAUUGUGUUUGCUUAUGUAUGCAGUACUGUAACAAGCCACUAGAGGGCAUUUCAGAUUUCUUAACCACCCAUAUCUCCACCUGAAAUGUAUUUCUAAACAUAUUUCAUUUCCAUGUUCUAUUUACAUAACAUAGUUCAAUAUCAUACUGCACAAGAGACUUUUUGAAUUUGUCAUGGAAUACAUGCAAGGCUAGACUGCUGUGUUGAACUUGUUUGGAGUUCGGAGGUAAUUUUCUUAAAUCAAAGCCAGUCUUAUAAAGUUUAAUUAAUUUCCAUAUAACCUCAAGGUUUAACCCCUUAAGGACACAUGACAUGUGUGACAUGUCAUGAUUCCCUUUUAUUCCAGAAGUUUGGUCCAUAAGAGGUUAAGGUUUCACUUAAGGAAUUUAACUUUUUUGGACAAAUAUUUUAAUGCACUUUGAAUUCCUGUUAACUUCCUGUAUGGGUUCACGUAAAUUGUACAAGUAUCACGCGGUGGGAAUAGCUCAGUCAGCAAAUGAUGAAAACCACAGGUUUUAGGCUUUAAUCUUAGUGCAUAAUAUGCAAAAAUAGUUUGUUUGUUUUUUAAAUCAGUAAUAUUAAGCAAGUAUUUAAAAAAGCUAUACGUGCCGAGUCUCAUAUUUUGUGUCCGUGACUUAUGAAUUUAUUUUCCAGAUUAGAGCCAACUCCUGAUAAUGCUAAGUCUACAUAUUAUUCCUUUAGUCCCCAAAUGUUACACUAUUCUUGUCCCUGUGUGAACUAUUCUAAUAAGAAAUAUUCUACUUUAUGGGCAGGUCCUUCUAUUUAGUAAUAGGAUCCUUAAAGAAGAGCACUAUAAUGGUCACAACCUUGACAUAUCAAACUGCGGAGACCAGAUGUUGCAGAACUACAACUCAUGACUCUAUGGCCAUUGAAUACAGAUUUCUGAGAGUUGUAGGAAAAUUAAGAUUUGGGAGGGCAGAGUUUUAGAUCCCAGGCUUAUGAGGGCCUUCAACACCCUCUUUUCUUGUGAGUCCAAAAUUUGUUGCAGCUUUAUAACUAAAGCGAUUAUUUCAAUUAUUUGUUCAUCCUUAGAAUUUAUAACAUUUUUAUCACCGCUUUUCUACAUGAAUUAGCCUUUUGCGUUAUUACGGUAAACCCCUUUCCUUUUACAAUGUAAGCUUGUUUUUCUUGAGCCUCAGCUCCUCUAGUUUCUAUAUGUCCAACUUGUCUUUUUGCCACUACUGUGCUGUAAGUCAAUCUAUUGUACAGUGCUACAGAAUAUGUUGUUGCAUUAUAGAUAAUAACAAUAGUGAAAAUGUUACCCUGUAAUAGUCUAUAAUUUCUCAAUAUAUAUUUUAAUAGGAAAAGCCUGAUCCUGAAUUAUAUUUCAAUGACAAGAACCUUACGACUCUUGUGAUUGACUUGUUUGCUGCUGGGAUGGAGACAACCUCUACAACGCUACGCUGGGGUCUUCUGCUAAUGAUGAAAUACCCAGAUAUUCAGAGUGAGUGUAUAAUUUGCCCUUAUGCUUUGUGGUUUAAUUAUGUACUAACACACUUACUGGACAAAAGUCUUGGGAAAAUGAAUGCAAUAUAGGUUAUAAACCACUUAUUAAAUAUUUUUCCUUCAUAAGAUCACAAUUUAGUAGCAGAACUGAGCACCUUGUUUGUAGCAUUGAACGGGCUAGCACACCCUGUCCUAAAAACAACUGGUAGAACAUCUAGGAUUUUGGGAAGUGCAUAAUUGCAAAUGUAAUAUAAACGAUAACGCUGAAGUGUACAUUAUGGAAAAAUAAUACCAUCUCCUGGUUUUGGGGCUAUACAUAAUUUUGACUUUUAUGAUGUCACCAAAACCCUACAACAAUAUUAUUUACCCAUGUGCCACAUGUUUUACAAUUAUGUAUUUACUUAAUUCCUUAAAAAAACACCUCUUACUAGAGCUGCAGUAGGCAUCCUGCCACACUCCAAAUGUUGUGGACUACAUCUCCCCUCAUGAUUUGCAAACAUUAUGACUGAAAGCAUUAUGGGGGAUGUAGUCCACAGCAUCUGGAAUGAUGAAGAUUGCCUACACCCAGGUACUAGAGAUUUAUUUGUUUUCUGCUGAAGAAAGACUGUAGCAUAAGCAAUUAUAUCAUCAACCAUUAUUUUGUUUUUUGCAUUCGACAUUUGUAAGAAGUGCUCAAUACAUUUACUAAUGUUAAUAUAGUGAUAUUAUAAUAAUUGGCAUUUAUAUAGUGCAAACAUAUUCCGCAGCGCUUUACAAUACUGUAGAUUGAGGAAUUUAACUAUAAAUUAAACAAUUACAAAAUGUUACAGGAACAGUAGGAGAAAGUAGCAGAACUGGAAGGCGAAAGUGGAGUGUAGCCCUUUUAGAGAGACCAAUAAACAGGUUUGUGAAAUAGAAGUUACUCUGGGAGACCAUAACCUUUUCUGAAAAGAAGGAGCCACCCGCGAGUAGUCCUGCAAGUAUGAGUUAGCAGUAAAAGUGCGAGCAGCGGACAGGAGAAGGUCACAGACAGAGUGGAGAGACCUAGAAUGGGCGUACCUACAAAUUAGUAAAGAAAUAUAGUGGGAGCUAGAGUUGAUAAGAGCUUUAUAGACAAGGGUUAGUAUUUUGUGUUGACUCCUAUAGGAUACAGGAAGCCAAUGUAAGGACUGACAGCCAGGUGAGAUGUGACAUGAGUGAAAAGUCAGCCUGGCAGUAGCCUUCAUUAUGGACUGUAAUAAGGCAGUACUGUUUCUGGGGAGACCAAUUAGAAAAGAAUUACAUUAAUCAAUGUGAACAAAUCACUCAUAAGCAUCAUUACAAUGUUCCUUAACAUCAUUUUGUGUGGACACGGGCAAUGUUUUUAAGGUGGAAUCAGCAGGAUGUGGCAACAGACUAGACGUGAGGUGUAAAGGUGAAGCCAGAAUCAAAUAAAGCACAAGACAGUGAGCUUGCAUGAAAGAGCUGAUGUGAAUGCCUUCAACUUUUAAGGAGAGGAGGAUCAGUUUAAUGAGGAUGAAAAAUAAUAAGCUCAGCUUUAGAGAUCUUGAGUUUCAUAACGUGUGAAAAGUGAAGCGUUCUGGGAAAGUAAGAGAGAGAUUAGGGCAGGAGAGGUAUAUGCCAGACAGGUGGUAGUGUCAUCGUCAGACAGGUGGUAGUGGAACCUUACUGAUUUAGGACAUUUGCCAAGAGAGACAGUAUAAAGGGAAAACUAAAGUAAACCAAUAAUAGAUCCUUGGGGAACUCCAACUGAGACAGGAUAAGGGGAGGAGGUGUUAUUAAAAAAAGGAGACACUGAACAAACACAUUUAUGAAACUCAAGAUCUCUAGGAUCUCUGUGGCCUGGAGAGCCUGCGGAUGGUUGCCCUUUGAGCAACCUCCGAAUUAUUUAGCCCUAAAAGUUGGAAAAUAGAGUGUUACAACCGAGUGAAGAACUCCCCAGAUCAACCAAGAGAUAACUCAACAUAAACACACACAAAAAAAAGAAAAGAGCGAACGGCCAAGUUUCUUUACUGCCCAUACACAGCUGACAAAGAGCCAGAACCUAGGGGAAGCUGACCAAAAUGGCAGAGGGGACGACACUCUACCCUUGCCAGCAUCUCCAAUGAGAGAAUCCUCACCUGUUGCUCAAGAAAUCCUCCAACAAUGCCUUGACGCUAUGUCAGGACAACCACCCCUAACGCAAUCUGGAACAGCGCAUGGGUGAAUUUGCUAAAUCUCACAACAACAUGGCAGACCACGUGCAGCAACUGGAGACUGCCUAGACAAAGCUAAUGGACAUGGAGGACAGCUUCCUCCAGCAAAAUCUCUGAUUGGAGAGGAUCACGGAGAGCAUAAACAAUCAGACUUACUGGUGUUCUUGAUGGGAUUUUUCCGUUCAUUGCCUCCAGAUCUAUAUGCUGAUAUAUUGUUAUUGGAUAAUGUCCACGGGAUUGUCAAGCUGAAAUUCCUCCCAAUAGAAGAGACAUCCUAACUCCUUUCCAUUACUUUCAUGCUAUAGAAGAACCGCUCAAACCUGCUUAAAAUGCAAAAGAUCUCUCAAAAUGUUAUGCCUCCAUCCAAAUAUAUGCUACACUGCAGAAACAUGAGGAGCUGAGAUAAAUUACGGGAGCCCUGCAACAAAACCAAAUCCAAUACUGGUGGGGAUACCCAGUUCAGCUAAUCAGCCACAAAAAUUGGACUGCCUAUCAGAUAACACCAGAAGAGGGCAAAAAGCUUCUCCACUGCUAGGGCAUACAACUGAGCAUAUCCGCAACCACCACAUCAAACCCAACUCAAUUCUCACCGGACAGGAAAAAAGUGAAGAAAUUUCUGUAUCUCUCACCCAACUCCUUGCUAAGUGGUAUGGUAUCCCACAGGACUGUUUCCACCGCACAGAACUCUCUCGCCACACAGCCAUCCUACAGCAAGUACCAGUUAUAUUAGCUAACAUAUACCGCUUUCGUAAGCCUGUUGUUUCUCAAGGGUUUGCUAAAUGUGAUUCUCUAGGUUGCAAAUACAUAAUUUUACUUACCUUCGCUUGAAACAGAACAGUGCACAUGGCAGCACAGUUAAAAUAUGGGUAACUGAAUCCUACAAACUGAAAGCACACAACAAAAUUUUAUAUUUAGCACAUUGCUCCACAGCAUGCACUAUUUAACUCAUAGAUCAACAACCAAGUAUGGUUUAUUACUGAGAUCCAUAGUAUGCCACCUUAUGGUAAAAAAAAAAAACAUUAAACAAUUUAAAAUUUUUAUAAUAACAACACUGUUCUCUUAACCCCUUAAGGACACAUGACAUGUCUGACAUGUCAUGAUUCCCUUUUAUUCCAGAAGUUUGGUCCUUAAGGGGUUAAGAACAUCUCAUGUUGGCUCAACCCUUAUGAUAAAUUACCCAAUUUGCCACACAAUAAGGUAUAUGCUGUGGCAUCUCCAAUUUGGUUGAUAAAUAACACCUCCCAUCAGUCCAGAUGGGGAUCACAAUAAUCUGUGGUGACUUUAACCACAUCCCUCAAAUGGUGAAUCCACAAUCACCAAGAUUUUCCAAACAUGCCUCUUCCUGCAAGCCAUUCACAAAGCACAAAUAUGUCUGGAGGACCCUCUACCCAGAUGACAGAGAAUAUACAUUCUUCUCUCAGACCACAAUACUUACUCACGAAUAGACAGGCUUUUGAUGCCUGGCUGUCACAUAGAUUUAUUAUUAUUAUUAUUAUUAUUAUUUACAUAGUGCCAACACAUUCUGCAGUACUUUAAAUUGGGUGGAUUAACAAACAUAUAAUUGUAAGCAGACAAGUUGGACACACAGGAAUGGAGGGGGGGUUGAGGGCCCUGCUGAAUGAGUAGUGGGAUAAAGUGCCAUAAAAGGUAAGGGUAGUAGUAGAUAAGUAGAUUGGUAUUCACUGACGACUUAUUGUGUUUUUCAAAGACAGUUGCAGGAGAGGAAUCAUUUGGGAGCUAUUAACAGUUUAAUUGAUACGCUUUCAUGAUAAAGUGAGUUUUUUAAAGUUAUUUUAAAGGAUUGGAAACUGGGUGAGCAUCUAACGGAGAAGUGAAGGGAGUACCACAUGAAUGGUGCUUCCCUAGAGAAGUCUUAAAGGCGAGCAUCAGAGGUAGGAGAACAAACAGAGGGUGGAGGUAGGUCUUGGGCAGAGUGUAUGGGCCUAUAUGGGACUUACUUGUGUAUUAGGGAGGAUAGAUAGGUGGAAGCAGCAUUAUGUAGAGAUUUGAAAGCAUAAACCAGAAUUUUAAAUUGAGCCCUGUAUCUUACAGAAAGCCAAUGCAGGGACUGACAGAGGGAUGAGGCAUGGGAGGUGUGGGCUGACAGGAUGAUGAGCCUAGCCACCGCAUUCAUUAUAGACUUUAACAGGGCAAGUUGGGAGCAUAUAAGACCACUGAGAAGCAGAUUGCAGUAGUCAAGGUGAUAGAGGAUCAUGGCAUGAACCAGUACCUCAGCCAUGUCUGGUGUUAAAUAGGGGUAGAUGAGUGCAAUGUUUUUGAGAUGGAAGCGUCAUGAUUUGCCAAUCGACUGGACAUGAGGAGUGAAGGAGAGGUCAUAAUCAAAGAGAAUACCUAGGCAGUGAGCCAGCAUGGUGUAGCUGAUGAUAGUGUCGUUAAUGUGGAGGGAGACAGAAAUUACAAAAGUGCAAUAAAGUAAACCAAACUAACCCAGUUAUACUCCCAAGGACAGAAGGAAUCACUUUGUAAGUUGUCUUGUAAAAUGUAUGUAACCACUGUCCCCAUCUCAUGUAAUAUCAAGCCAACAAGACUUGUAUGUAUACCACAGCUUCUCCUGGGUAGAAUCACCACAUACCGCUUUUGUAUGCUACAAACACCUUAUCUGUAUGUCAUUAUCUUAUGAUUUGUGAAACAAAAUUGUGUGCAAAGAUUUAUCAAAUUAAAGAAAAUGUGGUUGGGUGAGAGAAAAGAAGCGUAGCUACCUCCUGUUCAAUAGCUGGGGUUAAGACCUGAACAGUAGGAAAGGAAAAGUCCAGCUGGAGUUUAGACAGAGAGUAGUAAAGGGGAUAAAUUCUUUCCUUAAUUAGUUAAUCUUGUCAGUAAAAUAUCAGGCAAAUUUAUCAGCUGAGUGGUUGCCAUGACAGGGCAAAGAAGAGAGUUGAAUGUAUCAAAGAGAUGCAUGGGAUUGUCAGAGUAUGAACUAUUGAGAGAGGAAAAGUAUGAUUUUUUUUAGCAAGGAUUAGGGCUUUGCUGUAUGAGUGCAAGUGAAAGUGAGUAUUUAAAGUGGGUCUCAAAUUUAAGGCUAGAGUAGCCAAACUAAAAACACAAACGACAGUGAAUUUUUAUAGUUUGGCUAUUUUGAUCAUAAAUGGAAAUUAAUUUUGAAAUCUCAGUUCAGUAAAUUCCCAGCUUUUUUUAUUUAUUUUUUUGAAUAGUGUAUAGACACAGCUCUCUAACUCUCUAACUUGAAGAGGAACUGUCUUUAACUUCAUUUUAGUACUUUUUGAUAGCUAACUUAAAGUCAGCUAUUGAUUGUGCUACAUUUUUUUUCUUCAAAAUUCUUUUCAGAUUCUUUUGUUUUCAUUUAUAGUCUUUGUCAUGUGUGUAAAUGAGUUUAACCCCUUAAGGACACAUGACGGAAAUAUUCUGUCAAGAUUCCCUUUUAUUCCAGAAGUUGUGUCUAUAAGGGGUUAAACUGGAAGUACACACAGCGUAUGAGUGCAUACAACAAGACAGUAUAGCAUGGCAAAGUCACUGCAAAAAGGAAGUGCAUAAAAGGUAUGUUUUUUUUUUUUUACUUACUUCUGGGACAUUAUUCACUCAGUUAUUACCACAAUAGUGUUUGCUGGGUGUGUACGAACAAGUCAGAUCUCUGGAAGUGACAGCUCCUCUUUAAAGUAAUUAGAUGUAUACUUUUAAUAGGAAUGUUUACUAAUAACCAAACAAGCAACUAAUGGCUAACGAUGUACCAUGAUAAAAGAAAUUAAUGGCUGAGAAAGCUGCAUUUAGCUCAGCAACUAAAGUAUACCUUCAAGGACACAUUUAAACACAAUUGAGCGGAACUCUCAGUAUAUUUUCUUCCUGAACUUUAAACUUGUCUUGUUGCAAGUACUUGUUUGUUAUUCCACCUAUUGAACAGCACUGUGAAAUAUGUUGCUACUUUUAUAAAUUAUAAUAAUAUAAUAAGAGUUGUUACUUUCCUUUUCAUAUAUAAAUUCAAGAUCAGCAAACAGGGAAUCUUUUAGAAGACUAUUACCAAGCUAUGUUCUAAGUCUAAGAAGACGAAUAAAUAUCCCCAUCUAAAUUUAAGAAAAUAAAGGAUUAUUGGAUUAUAUGUUUAUUACUCACAAAGGUGUUAUUUCUGGUUACAGUAAAGGUCCAAAAUGAAAUAGAGAAAGUGAUUGGAUUAGCUCAACCCCAGACAGAACAUCGUAAAGAAAUGCCAUAUACGGAUGCAGUUAUUCAUGAAAUCCAAAGAUUUGGUGAUAUCGUGCCAGGAAAUCUUCCACACGCGACCACUCAAGAUAUCACAUUCAAAGGAUAUUUCUUACCAAAGGCAGGUAUCUUAUUUAAUAAUAAUUAUAUUGAAAUAAACUUAUAGAAUUAAUAAUAAAUAAAAACAAUAACUUGAAAACUAAGUGUAAAUUCAGAAACCACAAUCCUUGCUUUUCAGCAAUUCAAUAAUAUAAUACAAUACAAUAAUAUUUAUUAUGAUAGGCCAUCAAACAAAUAAACAAUACGUAUAUGUUGUUACCAAAACUAGUCACUGAUUGAAUGGAAAUGAAAUAAAAUUAACAUAGUGAAACAGACAUAGACACGUGAUACAGUUACCACUUCACUGAUCAGCAGCUGUGAGUAAGAGAGCAGGGCUGUGUAUAAUGGGGAGAGGGAAUACAAAAGUGAGAGAGAGCAUCAGGAGAGGAAAUUCAAAAAGAGAGAAUGUGUUUUUCACACGGCUUUUAACUUUAUAGCAUUACUUCUGCUGUACACACCUCCCUCAGCCAAUCCGUUAGUAUCUAACACAGGGGUUCCGAACCCUUGGUACGCCUACCCCUGGGUGUACAAUUCAGAUUCCCAGGGGGUACGCUGAGACUAUUGGGUGGCCCAUGCACUUAGGGCCACCCCGUACACAUGUGCCUGUGUUAGUGCAGCCAGAGCUGGGAGGAAGUAGCAGCUUGUAACUACUUACUACCAGCUCACACACUAAGCAAGCCAUGCAGGAAAAAGGGAGAUGAGGGGGCGGGGAAGACCGGGAGAGCAGCAGUCCCCUAACUCCCACUAGACUGUAUGAAAAAAGUCUUAAGAAAAAGCUCAAGCCUGUCAGACAUUUUGUGAUAAGAUUGAAAUUUAAUUAUACAGUAAGCCACUGCUUAGCAGAUGUGACUCCAUUAUGUAACAAAAAGUGUAAAAAAACACACAUUUUUCACUUUCUUACUCCAUUUACUGCCUGGCCAAAAUGAUUGGAAUGUGGCUAAUGGUAACAAUGAUUUGAGAUAAGACACCUCUUACACAUAGAAACCAAAGUAUUUUAAGGGGGGUUUGAAAAUGUCAAGCCCACACACAUAUAUAAAAAAUAAAGGGAACACAAAAAUAACACAUCCUAGAUCUGAAUGAAUUAAAUAUUCUUCUGAAAUACUUUGUUCUUUACAUAAUCACACAAAAAUUAAAAAAUGGAAAUCAAAUUUUUCAACCCAUGGAGGUCUGGAUUUGGAGUCACACUCAAAAUUAAAGUGGAAAAACACACUACAGGCUGAUCCAACUUUGAUGUAAUGUCCUUAAAACAAGUCAAAAUGAGGCUCAGUAGUGUGUGUGGCCUCCAUGUGCCUGUAUGACCUCCCUACAAUGCCUGUGCAUGCUCCUGAUGAGGUGGCAGAUGAUCUCCUGAGGGCUCUCUUCCCAGACCUGGACUAAAGCAUCUGCCAACUCUUGGACAGUCCGUGGUGCAACGUGACGUUGGUGGAUGGAAAGAGACAUGAUGUCCCAGAUGUGCUCAAUUGGAUUCAGGUCUGGGGAAUGGGCAGACCAGUCCAUAGCAUCAAUGCCUUCGUCUUGCAGGAACUGCUGACACACUCCAGCCACAUGAGGUCUAGCAUUGUCUUGCAUUAGGAGGAACCCAGGGCCAACCACAUCAGCAUAUGGUCUCACAAGGGGUCUGAGGAUCUUAUCUCGGUACCUAAUGGCAGUCAGGUUACCUCUGGUGAGCACAUGGAGGGCUGUGUGGCCCCCCCAAAAAAUGCCACCCCACACUAUUACUGACCCACUGCCAUACCGGUCAUGCUGAGGAUGUUGCAGGCAGCAGAAUGUUCUCCACGGCGUCUCCAAACUCUGUCACAUGUGCUCAGUGUGAACCUGCUUUCAUCUGUGAAGAGCACAGGGUGCCAGUGGCGAAUUUGCCAAUCUUGGUGCUCUCUGGCAAAUGCCAAACGUCCUGCAUAGUGUUGGGCUGUAAGCACAUACCCCACCUGUGGACGUCUGGUCCUCUUACCACCCUCAUGGAGUCUGUUUCUGACCGUUUGAGCAGACACAUGCACAUUUAUGGCCUACUGGAGGUCAUUUUGCAGGGCUCUGGCAGUGCUCCACCUGUUCCUCCUUGCACAAAAGCGAAGGUAGCGGUCCUGCUGCUGGGUUGUUGCCCUCCUACGGUCUCCUCCACGUCUCCUGAUGUACUGGCCUGUCUCCUGGUAGCUCCUCCAUGCUCUGGACACUACGCUGACAGACACAGUAAUUGGAAUUAGUAAUAAAAAUUAUUGUGAUGCAAUGAAGCAAUCUACUGAUCAAUGUCUAGAAAGACAAUUGUUAGAAUAAGGUACACCCACCUAAUCCCAUAGGUCACUUCAAAAAGACCACAUAGCAAAGUAAAGAUAACAUAAUUAUUUAAAAAGUUAGAACACAACACUUUUAGUAUAAUUCAAGAUUCAGAUAAUUGGGAGGAGAUAAUAAGAUCAUCAUUCAACUAGACAAAUUAAUAUGACUCUACACUUUCCAACUGAGCUGGGACUUCGAAUUUCUUUGUUAGCCAGACAACUAUGGACUUUUACAAAACUAUUCUAUAUUCCUACAAAAUUCUCUAUCUCUAAACAUUCUUAUUUGCAUUCACCAUUCAUUGGCUUAUAUCUCCAAAAUACUAAAUAAUAUUCUACUACAAAUUGGUAAAUAUGCUGGUUUAAUUUAAUAACUUUUUUUACUAAAAGCAGAAAUAUACCUGAAUAAUGCUGAUCAGAUUCCAAACUUUUCAUGUUUAGCUGAAGGAAUUAUAUAUAUAAUCUAAAGCAUGAGACUGCAGCUGGGAACCAAUAAUUAUAUAUAAAAUAGCUGGUAAAGUGCAAAGUUUAGCAUAUCAAGCUAUUAUCCAGAGAUAUUGACAUAUCUGGGAUAAGUUAACAUUUAAUCAGAAAUUUUAAAUAUCUGCAGCAAAACAAUUAAAAAUUAGGAUAUUGCUCUCUUGGUUACUGGAUGGAAGAAAAUAUUUAAGGACUAUUUGUGAGAAUAUUAUUAUUGUAUAUAAAGCGCCAACAAAUUCUGCAGUGCUGUACAAUGGGUUAUUUGUAACCAGAUGAGUUGGACACACAGGAACAGAGGGAUUAAGGGCCCUGCUCAAUGAGCUUACAUCCUAGAGGGAGUGGGGUAUAGUGACACAAAGGUGAGGGUAGAGUAGAAAAGUAGGUUACUAGGAUAGUAUGUACUGAGGGCUGAGGGCUUAGUGUUUUGUUUUGAUGACAGUUGCAGGAGAGGAAUCAGAGUGUGGGGAGAGAGAACUGUUCACAGUUUAAUUGAUAUACUUUCCUAAAGAAGAAGUGAGAUGAAACAUUAUAUAUUUUGUCUGCAAUGCAUAAGUGUUUACUCUGUGAGAAUUGUGGCUAGCAGUGAGUGAGUUAAUUCUCUCAUCUGUUUUUUGAGCUGCACCCUCUGUGUUACAUUCUGUGUAAAGGAAUUCUAAAGCAGAACACUGAAUGUUUUCUAAAACAUUGCAAUAAUGCUUAUUGUUAUGGACCCAUGGAAGUAAUUGUUGAUUAAAUUCUAGAGGAAUUAUCUGUAGUUUUUGCAAGUAACUCCUGUAGACUAACUAUCUCAUCACCCUUAAGUGAUUUAGAAAGUAUAUUUGUUGUGGUUAUUGUUGCCGCAAUUAUUGUCAUAUUUUUAAACUACUGUUAUACCUAAAUAUUCACUGGUUAUUGUCAUGCAUAUCACAUAAUAUUAGUUAUUUGUCAUAAUAAGCUAUAUUUUUAUAAUAGGUUGUGCUUAAUGUGUGACAUACAAAUCAUCUAAUAAAUGUUCUCCAGGGUCUGUAAGAGUUAAAAUUGUAGGUAACUCUUUGCUUUAAAUCAAUAAAGGGUAAACAGCGCCAGCCACACAGACCACUGAGGACCACUAAAGUCAUACCCAAGAGAGUUUUGUUGGAAUCCUUGAGAGAUGUGGAAAUAGUGGAGAGAUUUCACUUAAUCUGUACAAGUCACCUGAGAUUGUAUGAUAUUCUUAACCUCGUCACUAACCAGCAGUUUGCAAAACAACCCCCUCCAGAAUCUGAGUAAUUUGAGUGUCCUGGAAAGUAAUGUUUAAAUAUAUAUUUUUAUUUUAGUAUACAUAGAUGGCACAAAACAGAAAAACCUUUUAAAAAUCAAUUACCAAAUAUGACAAUUACAGACAAGGAAACUAUGUUGUAAAUAAUUACAUAUAUAUGUUUUGUAUAAUUUUAAUUUAUGUUAUUGUUUUAAGGGUACACACGUUAUACCAUUACUAACAUCAGUACUGAAAGAUAAGGCUCACUUUGACAAACCAGAAGAGUUUUACCCUCAGCAUUUCCUUGACUCUGAAGGAAACUUUGUAAAAAGAGAAGCAUUUAUACCUUUUUCUGCAGGUGAGUUCACUCUAUUUAUAUUUGACAACCAUGAGGCAUCUACUGCAGAAAUAGAAGCUACACAUAUAGCGCUUAGGUUCACAAGUGUUUUUGUAAGUCUUUAUCGGAAUUAUAAAACCAACACAACACGGUUCUGCAAAGGAACUCAAUCAUAAUGAGCAUCUCUUGCACCUGGAUUAACCCCUUAAGGACGGAGUCAGUUGUACAAGUUGUGAUCAAAACAAAAUGUAAACAAAACCUAGAAUUUGCGCUAUAUGUCUGUUGAACCAUAAUUCAACUCUUUAAUAUUAUGUGCACCCACACUGAUUAUAUAUAAUUUUGUUCAGGGGAAACAGGGCUUUCAUUUUAUAUCAAAUAUUAAUAUAUGAAACAUAAUUUUAUAUGAAUAAAAUGAAAAAAAAAACUUUGAGAAAUUAAUAUAUUUUGUUAUUUUUCAAGUUCUGUAUGGAAUUUUAGUAGUUAAUAUCAUAAUACUGUGUUUUUACUGCAAUAAAUUACACAUUUGAAUUCAGCAAUGUCUCUCUCUCUCUCUCUCUCUCUAUAUAUAUAUAUAUAUAUAUAUAUAUAUAUAUAUAUAUAAUAUUUCAAGAUACACUUAUGAAAUUAAAUUUUUUAAAAAUUUUAUUUUACAUAUAUUUUUUAAUAUAUUAUAAGUGAAUUAAAUAAUCUGAGUCCCCAUGCAGGCAGUCUCAUAGGAUUCUUUGUGGCCAUGUGAUUUGCGAUGUCCAUCGCGAUCACAUGGCGCUGGAGGGCCGUAAAGGUAGCAGGGGAACUCCGUCUUGAGAGGCAGUCCCCCUGGACUGUGAUUGCCGCGGAUCGCUGGUGUAGGUGAGUGUGCAGGUACAGGGGAGCUAGCGAUCAUUGGGGCAUACUAUGACGCCCUAACGGCGUUUCAGCUCACUAAAUGCUGGACGGUACACCAUAACGGCAUUAAGGGAUUAAAAGGGACAUUCCAGAGCCCUAAUGCAAUUUAGCUUUCAUUUUACAAAAAGUGCGGAUUUCAAUAGAAAUCAGCACUUUUAUAAAUUAACCUUGUUACAUCCCCUGGCUGUCAAGCAGAAAACCAGUCCUGUCACUUCCUCAAGAGGCAGCAAUUGCUCAGAGCACUUUUACAUUGGCUCACUAGUCUGCUGUAAAUAAUGGAUCAUUAAUAUCAUUGUAUGACUGUUAUAUAAUGAUCAUUUGACUUCGAUAAUGCACGUGAAAUAUAUUAUUUUUACUUCUUCCUUAAAAUGCAAUUGUAUUUCAAAUCUCAUUCAGCAUUUAGAAUUUUCAAAGCUUGCAUUAAAGGGACUCUCCAGUGCCAGGAAAACAAACCGUUUUCCUGGCACUGCAGGUCCCCUCUCCCUCCCACCCCUGAUUACAUGUUGCCCCCUUCAGUGACUUACCUGUACCAGCGCCGAUGUCCCUCGGCGCUAGGUCAGGGUCCGCCCACGCUCCUCCCCCGCCGACGUCAUCCGGCGGGGGAGACCUACUGAGCGCGGCCGGCGGUGACCGAAUGCGCAUACGCGGCAAUGCCAGGCACGCGCAUUGGACCUCCCCAUAGGAAAGCAUUGAAUAAUGCUUUCAAUGCUUUCCUAUGGGGAUUUCAGCGAUGCUGCAGGUCCUCACAUAGCGUGAGGAUGUCCAGCGUUGUUAUAGCACACUUUUCGUGUUCUAUAAACAAAGAAGUGUCCUCUAGUGGCUGUCUAGUAGACAAAUUGCGUUCUAUUUGACAGCCACUAGAGGAGGACUUAUCCCUUCAAGGUAAAUAUUGCAGUUUAUGAAAACUGCAAUAAUUACACUUGCAGGGUUAAGGGUAGUGGGAGUUGGCACCCAGACCACUCCAGUGGGCAGAAGUGGUCUGGGUGCCUGGAGUGUCCCUUUAAGUCAGCUGGAAAACAAACUGUACCGAAGGAGUAUAUAAAGUAGCAAUGCAUUUGAACAUUCAUAUAUACUUUCUUUAUUUCUAGGUCGAAGAAGUUGUGUUGGAGAGAAUUUAGCAAAAAUGGAAUUAUUCCUGUUCUUUACACGACUUCUGCAGAACUUCACGUUUAAGGCUCCACCUGGUGAAGAGCUUGAUAUCACCCCUGCACUUGGGUUUACCAGCCCUCCGAAGGCUUAUAAUAUGUGUGCAAUACCUCGAAACUAA